AUGUCCCGAUCGACAAACGAUCGAGCCGCCUCGCCGAAACGCGAAUAUUCACGAGCCCGCUCCAAUACUGUGGAGCGCAACCUGGGCACCACAGCUGAUAAAUCGCUCGACAAAUACAAAAUUGACAACCAUUUUUCCAGUAGCUACGCGCCCACAAAAUCGAGCUCAAUCAGCGGCGGCUAUUCAGGCUACAGCAAUCGUGGGAUUGGCACGGAUUAUCAGACGACGAAAAGGGACGCGGUAGUCCCACAAAAGAGGGACGAAAUCGAGGAGCGAUUCGAGCUGCUCUACAAUAAAUACGUUAAAGAUGCCCCGCCCCCAUCAACCGAUAAACUGGCGGCCACGGCGAGGGAAGAGAAAAGCGCGCCACCUACCGUAACCCCCAAACUGACAACCGGCGAAUCGAUUAUGCGCGAGAAAUCGGCCGAAAUACCGAUUUCCGAAGAUUUGCCCGGGAUCCUGAGCGAAAUUGCCAUCAGAAAGAAGGGGAAGGGGAUAGUUGGACUACAAAAUACACCUAACGACGGAGGAAUUGGACUACAAACCACACUUUCUGCCGAUAAUAAGGAGACGACCGUCUCGACAAUCGAUUACGCCAGG